GUACGGAUACGUACUAUCUGUUCCGUCUUUUAUUUUAGUGUUACAAUUUUUGGAGAGGAAUUUUUUUCGAUGCCAAUGUUUUAACAUAAUUGAAAAUACAAACACAUGUAAUAAUCAACAAUGGAGUUUGAGAAAGGAUGAUGAUUUAAGAGACAAUAUUCAGUCGUUGAAAUAAUUUCAUGGUUUAAGAAAAUUCAAAAUGGGAACUGGAAUUCCCCUUCUGAAUGAAUAUAAAAGAGAAUUCCUUUCUAAAAGAUUUCCUCAGACACUACUUGGAGGACCAAAGUUACGACUUGGGUAUGAAGCACCUGUUUAUGUAUAUUUCCAACAGCUGUUAUUAUUCCUGUUUCCCUUUCUUAAUGGAGGUAUAUUCACAUUAUUAGUAGAACUUAAAACCAUAGAUGAUUAUGUAGGCAGUAUUAUAACUGGAAGUUUGAUUUUUACGUGUGUGUUGAUAGUGCAGUUGACAUCAACAAUAGUUCAAGCUCAAAAUUCAUCGGACCUUCCAUAUCCUACAAAGAAAAAUCUUUUAGCAGAAGAAGAUGAAAUUGACUUCUUCUCCUGCUGUGGUGUUGAAACUUUGGAAUUUGUUGUACCAAAGAAGAGAUUCAAGUUUAAUAUUGUUAUCCAUGCAGUAUUGUCAGGAUUUGUGUGUGGGUUGACCUUCAUGUACUUGUUGCCAAUGACACUGAAUUCACUUUACAGUCACAAUACUGGGGCAACAGUAGUAUUGUACAUAUUUGGUUGGUUGACAUUAUGCAUAGCUCAGUACUCCUUAUCUGUAGGGUCACCACCAGAACCUAAUACUUACAAAACACAAGAUAGCUGGGAAAUAGCUCCUUUAAUGAGAUCACUGUAUGUUCUCAUUUGUGUUUCAAUUUAUCUUAUGAAUAGGUAUUACUCAACAGUUUUUAAUACAGCUGACCAAGCACUUCACAUAGUUUUUGCCUGUUUACCUUUGGCUUGGAUAACAGGCUUAUUACCUCCCUUAGAUGCUUUCAUUCUCUGGUUAUUUGAACAGAUUCAUGUAUUUAUGUUAGGAGGAUCUCCUGUGUCCUCUGAUAUCAGAUUAAUUGUUUUGUUGGUGAUUUCUUUAACAGUAUUUCUUGCUGCCUACUUUAUAAAGAAAAGUAUAGCAACAGUUGUAAUAUGUGCUUUGAUGGGAUACUUACUUAGCCUUGACCUUGGUGCAGCAGCCAAUAACAUUUAUCAUUACUUACUGUUUAGGAAUAAAGUGACAUCGGGUACCAGUUCAAUGGAUGUCACAAGUCAGACUUCCAAAUAUGGGUUUUUAUGGAAAUUUGGAUUAUUACAAUGUCUUUACCAUUUUGUCAUGAUAGUUAUUGUAGGAGUCAUGUCAGGAAUGCUAAAUUCUAACACAGGCACUGCCGGUUCUAUAGAUUCAAAUGCAUGGAAAACAAUCGGUUAUGUUAUAAUUGGAUGUUGUGUAGCAGAGAAAAUAUUUAGAGACUUACAGAAUGUUUACAUCUUUUUUGGAUUGUGGAGAAACUUACCGUGUAUAUAUCCAAAUAGUAGAGGAAGAUCAUAUGACAAAAGGAGGCGGAGAUUAAGAAUACUUGGUGUAAUAAGGAGAUUUAUAGUAAACUGGGUGAGUCCUUUCCUGAUGCUGGCUUAUAUAUCAAUCCUCAUCACCAGUACUGACCCAGAUUCUGUGUCUCUGACUACAGGAAUGGACACUACAAUAGCUGUGUGGUACACAUUUGGUACUGUCAGAGUAUUCAGAUGGAUUUGGCAAGGAACAGUUAGUAGUCUGCUAGAACUUUCAAUUGUACAUAUAAUACUGGUGGCCAUUCCAAACAAUACUACAGUUAUAAGUUAUGGAGUACCAAUACUGUCACUUCUCAUUGGACUUUCAAGAGACAGAUUUUUCCAGUUCAUCUACAAAUUAUAUUUUGCCUUUACUCUUCUGGUCACAUCUGUAUCAGACAAGAAACAGAGGAGGAAGUCAACAAUUCCAAUAUUUGUCCUAUCGAUAUUAUUUUUCCCUGUGGUUCUGGGAAUCAUUGGAGCAGCAACAGUUCUAUCUGCACCAUUGCUGUCACUGUUUACGUUGCCUUUGUUCUUCAUUGGAUUUCCACGUCCAAACAAGUUCUGGCCUGAGGCAGUGGGAGCAUCAGCUAAUAGUAAUCCAGAUACUAUGUUUUAUAUGCAAGUGGCUCCAAAGUUAUCACAAACUUUAAGGGCAGCAUUUGCAGAUGGCAGUCUUGGUGAACCAGUACCAGGUUUCCAUUACCUUGUUAGAUUCCAAGACAGACUUGUUUGGGUUAUGGUUCUUGAGAGAGGUUAUGGGUUUUGUUCCUUAAAUAUUAAAGGAUUGGAAUUGCAGGAAACAUCUUGUCACACAGCUGAAGCAGCCAGGAUAGAUGAAAUAUUUGAAUCAGCCUUCGAAAAGGAAGAUGCUUCUUGUAUGGGUUAUAUCAAUGAGUAUCCAAUGCACACAUUGACACCAAUGGAUUCGGCUAAUGUAGAGGCAUAUUCUGAUGCUAGAAAUGUUCUGACGGGAAUUAUAGAUUAUCCUGCUAAUUAUGAUAUUGUCAUGGACUCUUUCAUUAAGGCUUUAGUAUGGGUUCUAAUUAGACAUGUUAAUCAGAUCAAAUUAAAGGAAGGAAAAAAGAAAGGAGAUGAAAGUCUGACAAAGUCUAGACAAAAACCUAUUGAAAAGGUAGAAUUGACAGAAUUUAAAAAGGAAUCUAAUAAUAAUUUUUCCAAUGGUCUCAAUGGUAACUUAAGGCAUUCCAAUAAUGUUACAAAUACAGAAAAUACAAAGAAAGGUAACUUGCCACCAGUUCAUAAAACAACCGUGGAAGUUGUGAUCGAUAAGGAUAACAGAACAACUGUCCGUCCACCUUCAUCAAGGUCGGUUAAAAGGAAGUCAUCAUGGUCUUCACUCAAUAGUUUUACUGACAGUAUAUUUUCUGAAGAUGGGAUAUUCAAUGAUAAGAAACCACAUAAAAAAGAAAUAAAAAAAACAAUAGUAUCAAAUAAACCAAUGAAACCAGAUGACGAUAUUGACGUCCUUGAUGAGAUGUUAGAUGACCUUGACUUUGGGUUACCAGCCAUGGAUAUUAACCAAAGAUCAAAAGCUGUCAACAAUACAUCAAAGGCUCCAAUAAAAAAGAACCAGUUUUCUUAUGGAAACACAAUUUAUAAACCUGUCACUAAUCUAGCAGGGUCACCUGACUUUAAAUGUUCACAUUCCACUCAGAUAAGUUUACCAUCUAGGUGGAGAGAACUGCCGUUAGAAUAUUCACAGCUGUCUCGAUACUUAAGUAAAUUUCCACGAGACUGGUACAAGCAUGUGUUGGGUACAUUGGACUGGUCAAACACUGGACUAUCAACUCAACAAGUACUUGGAGAAGUAGUCGGGGAUGAGGCUCUACUUAAUUGUUACUCACAGCUUAUCAUGGCUUGUUAUUCCAUUUUUGAAUCAAAUGGGAGUGUAAAAAGUGCUAGUCAGCUAUACAAGUAUUAUAAUGGUGAUUUACCUUGGAAUGCUAUGUUAGAUUGGUUGUCAGAAGACAAGCAGUUGCAUAACUUAGUUCUCAGAGCAUACAGGUAUGGUUUUAAGUUGAUGCUGGAUCAGAUACUGAUAGGUGAAGCAAACACUCCAGAGGAGACCCAGGAAUACUUGGAGGAGUAUGACAAAGACUGGUACAUUGGACUGGAAAAGGAUGAUGAUUGGAAGGCUGCUGUAUUGUCAUCAAGGAAACAGUUAUUCUCAAUGGGACACAAUAAAGCACAGGGAACCUAUAACAGUCGAGUUCUUUCCCUACAGCCAGUGAUGGCACACAUUGGGAGAAUGAAUCCAGAAGUAGUCAAGGGGCAGUGGGCCAAUUUAAGUCUGGAGCUGUUAUACCUGACCAAUGAUGACGAGGAGCGUUACAGUAUACAAGCACAUCCCACAAUUCUCAGAAAUCUGACCGUACAAUCUGCUGACCCACCACUUGGAUACCCUAUUUUCUCAUCAGAGCCUAUAAGCAUUCCAACACUGUGAUUUUAAAUGAGAUUUAUGUUUUUAUAUUUAUACACCCCAAUGUGACCCCAAUUGAUUUUUGAAGAUAGAUAAUGCAACUAUUAGGAAAUUUGAUAUUACUGAGGAAUUUAUUCUUGUAGUUUUAUUGAUUUAGAAAAGAGGCUCUUUUCUCAAAAAUCUUAGGAUUAUAAUUGAUAGUAAGUUAUACUGUAAUGUAUAUGACUUUUGAGUAUUUUUACUCUUCAGAUUUUUUGUGAAGAGCUGUAGAUCCUUGUAAGGUUCUUUUGCUCAUGAUAUAUAAGUUUUAAAAGACAGAUCGGAUUAAAAAAUAUAUGUAAGGAAGUUGUCCUUUACACCCCCACAUUUUAUCAUUAUUUUGAUUUAUUUUGAUUGACAACAGAGAACAAUUUGAUGUGAAAGCCUUGACUAGGUAGUAUUCUUUAUAAAUACAUCAGAUUAUGAAUCACAAUUAAUACCAUUUGGUAUGUUUUAUUAAGCACCAAAUAAAUGAACUAGGAAAAAACAAACCUAUAACAUCUUGAUCAUGAGUGGAACGAAAAAAACAACAAGUAUAAACAAAGGCCCUACUUAAAAAUAUUAUCAUUCCGGUUACUUUUUAUUUUGUUAUACGACCGCAAAUUUUGAAAAAAAUUUCGUCGUAUAUUGCUAUCACGUUGUCGUCGUCGUCGUCCGAAUACUUUUAGUUUUCGCACUCUAACUUUAGUAAAAGUGAAUAGAAAUCUAUGAAAUUUUAACACAAGGUUUAUGACCAUAAAAGGAAGGCUGGUAUUGAUUUUGGGAGUUUUGGUCCCAACAUUUUAGGAAUUAGGGGCCAAAAAGGGCCCAAAUAAGCAUUUUCUUGGUUUUCGCACUAUAACUUUAGUUUAAGUUAAUAGAAAUCUAUGAAAUUUUGACACAAGGUUUAUGACCACAAAAGAAAGGUUGGGAUUGAUUUUGGGAGUUUUGGUUUCAACAGUUUAGGAAUUAGGGGCCAAAAAAGGGCCCAAAUAAGCAUUAUUCUUGGUUUUCACACAAUAACUUUAGUUAAAGAAAAUAGAAAUCAAUGAAAUUUAAACACAAUGUUUAUGACCACAAAAGGAAGGUUGGUAUUGAUUUUGGGAGUUUCGGUCCCAACAGUUUAGGAAUUAGGGGCCAAAAAGGGACCCAUUUAAGCAUUUUUCUUGGUUUUCGCACCAUAGCGUUAGUAUAAGUAAAUAGAAAUCUAUGAAAUUUAAACACAAGGUUUAUGACUAUAAAAGGAAGGUUUGUAUUGUUUUUGGGAGUUUUGGUCCCAACAGUUAAGGAAAAAGGGGCCCAAAGGGUCCAAAAUUAAACUUUGUUUGAUUUCAUCAAAAUUGAAUAAUUGGGGUUCUUUAAUAUGCCGAAUCUAACUGUGUAUGUAGAUUCUUAAUUUUUGGUCCCGUUUUCAAAUUGGUCUACAUUAAGGUCCAAAGGGUCCAAAAUUAAAAUUAGUUUGAUUUUAACAAAAAUUGAAACCUUGGGGUUCUUUGAUAUGCUGAAUCUAAAAAUGUACUUAGAUUUUUGAUUAUUGGCCCAGUUUUUAAGUUGGCCCAAAUCGAGGUCCAAAAUUAAACAUUGUUUGAUUUCAUCAAAAAUUGAAUAAUUGGGGUUCUUUGAUAUGCCAAAUCUAACUGUGUAUGUAGAUUCUUAAUUUUUGGUCCAGUUUUAAAAUUGGUCUAAAUUAAAGUGCAAAGGGUCCAAAAUUAAACUAAGUUUGAUUUUAACAAAAAUCAAAUUCUUGGGCCUCUUUGAUAUGCUGAAUCUAAACAUGUACUUAGAUUUUUGAUUAUGGGCCCAGUUUUCAAGUUGGUCCAAAUCAGGAUCUAAAAUUAUUAUAUUAAGUAUAGUGCAAUAGCAAGUCUUUUCAAUUGCACAGUAUUGUGCAAUGGCAAGAAAUAUCUUAUUUCACAAUAUUGUGAAAUAGCAAAUUUUUUUUUAAUUAAGAGUUAUCUUUCUUUGUCCAGUAAAGUAAGCAAGAAAUAUCUGCAAUAAUUUUUUUUAAUUGGAGUUAUCUUUCUUUGUCCAGAAUCAACUUAAAUCUUUGUUAUAUACAAUAUACAAUGUAUAUUCACUUUUUACUACCAACUGAUAAAUUUAAAUAAUCUUUACCAUUCAGUGAUAACAAGCAGUUUUUUUACAUCUUAAUAUUUCAUGAUGUAUUUAAAUGAGUAGUAAUUGUUGCAAACUCCAUUAGAAUAUUUUAAUUGAAAUUAGUUUUGGAAUAAGGGAAAGGGGGAUGUGAUUAAAAAAUUGGGUUCAAUUUUUCUCAUUUGAAAUUUCAUAAAUAAAAAGAAAAUUUCUUCAAACAUUUUUUUGAGAGGAUUAAUAUUCAACAGCAUAGUGAAUUGCUCUAAGAGAAAACAAAAAUUUUAAGUUCAUUUGAAUACAUUCAUUCUGUGUCAGAAACCUAUGCUGUGUCAACUAUUUAAUCACAAUCCAAAUUUAGAGCGGAAUCCAGCUUGAAUGUUGUGUCCAUACUUGCCCCAACUGUUCAGGGUUCAAUCUCUGCGGUCGUAUAAAGCUACGCCCUGCGGAGCAUCUGGUUACAACCUGCAAUGACAUUCACAAAAAUGUUCUAAAACCUCUUCAUGUCAAUGGUUACAUGGUGAAUACAAAACUAAUUAUAUGUUUUUUGGCCUUAUAUCAAAACCACUAUAAACCAAUAAUUUGUCAAUGUUCAGGCCACAUAAUUGAGAACUAAUUUCCAAAAUUCUAGCAGAAUUUUGAAUUUAUUUAUUACUGUACUAGAGUUGUCAACCGUUUGUAUUUUCCGCAGUAUAGAAAUCUUUGUGCAAAAAAACACAAGAAUAUUAGUUGUUUAUCAUAUUUUUCUGAACUGCCACUACAAAUACUGUCAUUUAUUAUAGUUUAGCCAUAACAAUCAAUCAAUCUUUCAGGUUAAAAUUUUCAUUCUGUUUACAAUACUGGUUAGGAAUAGGUGUCUUAGGAUUUUUUUUGUUGCUUAGAGGCAAUACUUUUAAGAAUAUUUCUUACAUUAUGAGGGUAAAGGUUAAUUUAAAGUAAAGAGUAUAUACUUAAGCUCUGCAUUCUUUGAUAUACAUGUAUUUUACCUCACUUAUUAGGUAAUUUUGCCUGUCACUUUCAGUUAAAAGGUCCAGUUGAAUCUAUCUGAUAAAAUAAGUCAAAUAUUGAUAGGAUAUUAUGUGGAAAUUUAAAACUAGAAGAGAAGAAAAGCUUACUCAAAAGGUACUUAAAUUCAUUUGAAAAAAUAUUUUGUACUUUGAAAUGUACAUGCUUGAAUGUACAACUUAAGUCUUAGUUAUUUUUUUCAAUUUUACCUUUUCCAUAUAUUAAUGAUAAUAUGCUGUUUAUGUAUGCAAAGUAUUUGGUUCAAUGUUGAAAGAAAUUCAGUAUUGGCCCCUCUACCACUGAGUACAUUUCAUUACACAAAUUUUAUACAUUAAUAAAUGAGUGACAUACUAAGAGUACACAAGACAAAAAUGUUGUGGCGUAUUAAAUUAUAAUCCUGGUACCUUUAAUAACUAUUUACUAAAGAUACGACUGUUAUACAUGUAUUAUUGUUGUACAUUUAUGUCUUAAGCAUGUUAAGUUUACAAUUCUGAAUCAUCAAUAAUGUUAUUUCAAAACAUAUCAAAUGACAGUAAAAGGUACUUAUUCCUUAACCAGUGUUACAUGUAUAAUUUGAGUGCAAUCAAUUAUGUUAAACUUGAUUAUAAUAACUUGACUUGCACAUGUUUUAAAGAUGAUGUAGGACAACUUUUGUGAAUAUUUCGGUUGUAUGUUUUUUUUUCAAUGUUGAAGGCUGUAUUGUGAUCUAUUAUUGCUUAUACUUAUAUCUACAUCGUUUUAACUUUGGUUUUUGGUUGACUUCUUUGCAAUCAUACCAUAUUUUUUUGUUUUCAUACUGAUAACUAAAUAUGCAUUCACAUUUUCUUUAAGUUUAUACACAGCUAUUUUUGCAUAGGUACUAUUUCUGUACUAAAAAUAUGUAGUACUGGAAAUUUACUUUUAAUAUUCAGUACUUUUUCUUUACUUUAAAAUUAUUGUAAUAUUUAGGUACUUGUAUUUUACAGCACUUGAUUUGUACUAAUAUUUUGUAACAGAAAUAAAUACAAUAUUCCAUGUUUGAAAAUCAUGAUUUUAAGAGAUUUGAAAUAGAAAAACUUUCAAAAUGCUGAAAAUGUAAGGGUAGUAACCAAAAAUCUGUAGUAACUAAAUUUUAAGUACAAAUUAAGUACUGUAAAGUACAGGUAUCUCAAUAUUACAAUAAUUUUAACAAGUAACAAAACAGUACUGAAUAUUAAAAGCAGAUUUCUAGUGCUACAGAUUGUUAGUACAGAAAUAGUACCUAUGCAAAAGUAGCUGUGUAGCGGUGAAAUUCUUAUUUCAUACUGAUAAGCUUGUGCCAUAGUAGGUAGUUUUUUUGCAUGCAGUCAGUAUUUAAUGUUUAAAUAAUUUUGAAAGUACACAGAUUGAUAUUACUGUAACUCAUACAUGACAAAAAAAGUUGAGGGCCAUUUUCAUUUUGACAUUUACCAAGGGCUUCGAGCAAAAGUAUGGUAUCUAGAAGCAACACCUGAUAUGAAAGCAAUCUUGACCUUACCCCUCAAUGCUCACUAGCGCUUUGAUUAAUAAUUAAGAUCAAUAUUAAUUGUAACUGGUCAGUCACAAAGAUUUUUCUCUGUGACAUUUUUGAGUACAUGGCUGCUAUGGAAGAUUUGCAAACACAUCUUUAAUGGGAAAUAUUAAUAAAUGGUCCUGAACUUUUGAGGUAGUAUAUAUAGAGCAAAUAAACUAUUUUUAGAGUCUCGCUUUUAAUUUUAACAAAUCAUAUCAUAAGUAUCUACUUAGCGAUAAGACUUACUUUAACUUUUUUAAUUUGCUAUUUGAUUGGGUAUAUUUUCUAUUUUAACUACUGUUUUAUUUUUAUUUAUCAGACGUCGCAACAGUAAUUGUGGAAGAAACAAAAUUUUUGUAAAUGUACUCUCAAUUUUGUUGCUUCGACCACUAUCUGCUUAAGAUUCAGCCGUUUUUAAUUUUAUUAUUUAUUGAUUGAUUUUAUCUGUGAUAUGUUAGGAGAUAUAUCUCAAUGCUAAAUAAAACAAAUAUUGAGUUCAGAUAACUUUUAUUUAUAUUUUAACUUACCUUGUUUUGCACUCCUAAGCUAAAAAUAUACUCAAAACCAUCUACCUUAUUUUUUGUUUAAGGUUUAUUUGUUUUGAAUUUUUGCUUCAGAUAUAUUUGUUUUAUCGGUGUAUAUCCUUUCAAUUUUUUUUAUUCUUUAAAUUUUAUAAGAAAGCAUUGUACUGUAAAACAGAUAUCCUGCUCAGCUGUUUCCAAUUAAGUGUAAAUUCAGAAAAUACACUGGAUGUGAAUAAAAACAUCAUAUUUAUUUCUGAAUUUAGAUCUUAAAAAAAAGGUUAAUGAGAUUAAAUUACUACUCUUUAUUUUAAAAGUUGACUUUUGGUCCUGUGUUUUACAGGAGUCCUAGAUAUUUUUGCAUAAAAAUAAUUCUGUAUGGGCAUUUUUUGUUUCUUCUGUAAUAAUGUAAACCAAAAUGGCAACACUUAUCUUCUUUACAUUAUUUCUAAUACAAGUAUUUAUGUACAAUUAAAUGGUCAAUUAUAAAAACAUCAUAAUUUUAACAGUUCCCUUUAUACUAAAUUAAUAAAACCUCUUAAAUCUAAAAUACAAUGAGAGUUGUCUCAUUGGCACUCACACCACAUCUUCCUAUAUCUAAAUAAGGGAAGACCUGAAACUAUCAAAACCUUUCAAAUUUACUAGUGGAACCAAACAAUUACAUGUAAGCAUGGAAACAUGGCAUUUGCACCUUUUAAGAGCUUUAGUGAGUGGUCUCAGUCAUUUUGUGUAAAAAGACCUAGUCAUUACACAUGUAUAACUUCUUUUUUACCAGUAGAGGUAUUAAAAGUCUAAACCAGUUUAUAAAGUUAUCAAAAUAUUUAUUUGCUAAUAAGUAAACCAGUUUAAUUUUUAUAAACAUUUUGACCACAAGCUUUAUUUAUUACAAUAUAUAUGCCGUCCUAAGCUUGUGUGUUUUAAGGCUUAUUAUUGUUAUUGAUGUAUAAUUAUUUUCUAUUUGUUGUUAUAUUGUGAUGGUUAUAUUCUACACAGAUCUGAAUUAUGUGACAUUUUUUAAUAAAUAUUGUUUUGUGACCACUUUUUUUAGCUUAUUU